CAUCCAAGAUUUUGCUUUGAGUCUUUUAACUAUUCUACAAUCUAUUUCUAAUUAUACCAAAAACAAAUUCAAUGAAGCUGCAGCUACUCUACUCUACUAUUUUCUUGCUUACUUUUGUAGCAAGUAGUCAUGCAGCUAUAUCUCCAGAGGUUUAUUGGAAAAUAAAAUUGCCCAACACUCAAAUACCCAAAGUAAUUGAAGAUUUACUUCCCCAAGCAGAGGAUGAGAUUGUUAACAGAGAGAAGAAAGUAUACUAUGGUUUACACCAACAUGGAGCCUGGAUUUUCCAUGCUGCUACUGAGGACGAGAUUCGUGAGAUAAAAAAUAAGACCCCUACCCAAAGAGAUAACUUUCUUUACAAACCUUACUUCUUCGAAAAAGAAUUACUCAAAGGAAAAAUCAUCAACUUUCCCUCUCUAAAAAACAAAAACGAAGCACCAUUCUGGCCUCGUCAAUUUGUGGAAUCCAUUCCCUUCUCAUCGGAUAAAAUCCCACAAAUUCUAACCCAUUUUUCGAUAGAUAGCAACUCAAAAGAUGCAAAAACAAUUGAAGAAACAGUCAAAGUUUGUGAAGAGCCCGCGAUGAAAGGAGAGAAGAGAAAGUGUGCAACUUCUUUGGAGUCUAUGGUAGAUUUCGGGAUAUUCAUGCUUGGAACAAACAAUGUUAAGGUAAUUGCAACAGAGGUCCAAGGGGAAAAUCAAAUGGUGCAAAAAUACACCAUUAAAGAAGUCGAACUCAUGGCUGAUGGAGUUAACAUGAUAUGCCACAAACUUAACUACGCGUAUGCAGUACAUUUUUGUCAUGGCAGAGGAGGUACAAGGACAUAUAUGGUAUCGAUGAUUGGUGUUGAUGGAACAAAGGUUAAAGCAGUAUCAAUAUGCCACAAAGAUACAUCUCUUUGGAAUCCAAAAGGAUUGCCUUUUGUAGUGCUUAAUGUUAAGCCUGGAGCUCCCUCUAUUUGUCAUUACCUUCAAGAUGAUCAAAUAGUAUUUCUCCCUUAAAAACUAAAGUGAGAAUAUAUAUAUAUAUAUAUAUAUCACUCAACCAUAGUUAAUUUAAAAAAUAAAUGUUUAUACAAAUAAGUAUUGUAUCAUCCUAGAUUGCCCUUAAGGAAUACUUUAGUUAUACCCUUCAAGUACUUGUUAUUUGUUUUCCUGUAAUGUAUGUUUUUUUAUUUUCCUGGAAUGUAUGUGAUCUCCAAAUUGAGUUUUGAACAUGUUGCAAAAAUUCAGUUUUAGAAUUCCCAAUCGAUUGUAUGUUAGUAUUUUAUGUUGGGUGAAGGUUAUUUGUAAGUCCAAUGUAUCAAUGGACAUACAACACAUACACGUAACGUACAAAAUACAAAGUACAAACAAUAUAAUUGUAUGUUUUUAUUGGAUUGUAUA